GUAACAUCCUCGUUCUCUCUACCCUCUUUCACCCUUUUGUCCGUUUUCGAUAAAUAUAUACAUAUAUAUUUUUUUUUUCUUCACAUCAUUCUUCAACACAAUUAACAUCCGACCGACUUGCAGUGCCUUAAGUUUCAUUCCCUUGUUCAUUAUUUAUCCAUCGCCUUUUAUAUUUAUUUCAUUACGUGCCUCGAUUGUUGAAUUAUUUAAAAUCGGUUGUCGCAAUCAUUGUGCCUUAUUACAGCCGUCCAAUUAUUUGAAGUUGGUGCCAAAAAUUUUUAAAUUCCUUUGUGCUUUUUUUUCAUUUACUGUUACAAUUUUCUCCGUAAAUUCAGUUCUUUUAAAUUUUAAAUUUUCCCGCGUUAUUUUCAAAUUUAUUUACCGUCACCCAGUAGCCUUUAGAUUUUUUGUCACCGGAUAAAAGAUCAAAAAACCGUCCCACACUGUGCCUUUUUACGUAGAUAUAUAUAUAUACACAUAUAUAUUUUUACCAGACCCUAAAUUUUCGUGCCUUGAUUUUUAUUUAAAAUUCAUUUUUUACCUCAGUCCUUAACUCCGUCCCCGUUUCGUCCCACGUAAAGUUUAUCGGAGAAAAAAGUAAUAAUUGAGAAGAUCGUGAAGCAGAAAUCAGCAUGAAAAAUUGUCUGCGGAUUCUGGAGGUUUUAGUACGCGUAGAACAUCACCAUUGGCAGUUACAAUGUCGACUUUAUCGCUACGUAUUUCCAUUCCGGAAAAAAAUGCCACCAAGAUGAUGCAAUUUGAUCCGAGUACUUCGGUGUUUGAUGCAUGCCGGAUUAUAAGGGAGAAAUUGGCUGAAGCAACCAACAUGGGACAACCUAAAGAUUAUGGGCUAUUUUUGGCUGACGAAGACGCCAAGAAGGGAGUCUGGUUGGAACCGGGCCGUAAUCUAGAUUAUUAUAUCCUCCGUAAUGGAGAUUUACUUGAGUACCGUCGCAAGCUACGGACUCUGCGUGUUCGUAUGUUAGACGGUACUCUGAAAACUCUGCUGGUGGAUGACAGCCAGCCGGUGGCCAAUCUGAUGGUUGUCAUAUGCACUAAAAUCGGAAUAACUAAUCACGAUGAGUACUCGCUGGUGCGUGAGUAUCUAGACGAUGAUUCGGAGAAUCAAAAGCCAGGUAACUUUGGUACGCUGACUCUCAAGCGCCGGAAAGAGGACAAAGGGGAACGGGACGCUAAGAUGGACCAGUUGAGGAAAAAGCUAAAGACAGAUGACGAAAUGAAUUGGGUUGAUCCCAGUAAAACGUUGCGCGAACAAGGAAUUGAUGAAACGGAAACUGUUUUAUUGAGACGUAAAUACUUUUUCUCAGAUCAAAAUAUUGACAGUCGCGAUCCGGUUCAAUUGUCGCUACUCUAUGUCCAAGCACGUGACGCCAUUCUUGACGGUACGCAUCCAGUUACACAAGAAAAGGCUUGUAUUUUUGCUGGUAUCCAAUGUCAAAUACAGUUCGGCGACCACAAAGAGGACAAACACAAGCCGGGAUUCUUGGAUCUGAAAGAAUUUUUACCGCAAUCGUACGCUAAAGUUAAGGGAAUUGAGAAAAAAGUAUUUGCUGAGCACAAAAAACACAUCGGGUUGUCCGAAUUGGAUGCUAAAGUCCUCUAUACAAAGACCGCGAGAUCACUCAGCACCUAUGGCGUGACAUUUUUCCUGGUUAAAGAGAAAAUGGUCGGAAAAAAUAAGCUAGUGCCCCGUCUUUUGGGUGUCACAAAAGACUCGGUACUGAGACUGGACGAAAGAACUAAAGAAAUUUUAAAAACUUGGCCUCUGACUACCGUAAGACGCUGGGGUGCCUCGCCAAAUACAUUCACGCUUGAUUUUGGUGACUAUUCCGACCAAUAUUACAGCGUCCAAACAACCGAGGCUGAACAAAUUCUCCAACUUAUCGCCGGGUACAUCGACAUUAUUUUGAAGAAGCAAAAGGCCAAGGAUCACUUCGGUAUCGAAGGCGACGAAGGCUCGACUAUGGUUGAAGACAGUGUCUCUCCACUAAAAGCAACAAUAAUGCAACACGAGACGAGCAAUGUGGGAAAAGGAAGUGUCGAAGCUGUUUCAGUGGCUAUACCAGCAGUCAUGAGAGCCGGCGGUGACGGAGCGAGACCUUAUGGGACUGGACAUAUGGCGAGUGCUCAGUACACUACGAUCAGUGGACAAGUCAAUAUUGCACAUGCACCACCUAUGGUCCAACAAACGAAAGUUACUUCGGUGCUAUCAGAGCCCCAGCGUGCAUUAUUGUCAACAAUAACUGCCGGUCAUGAAAUAAUUCACAUCGCAGAAAGCGAAUUGACAUCAAAAGCUCAGCUGCCUGAAUUAGGGAACGAUCCGGCUUCAUUGAAAUGGAUUGCCCAGACGAUGGUGACUCACAAGCAAAAUGUCGGUACCCAGAUAGCGGAGAUGAAUGCUGCUACUGCACAAGUAGUAACAUUGACAUCCGGUUCCGCGGAAGAGGUUGACCAUACAGCAGUAGGGGAGGCAAUAUCGACGAUAGCAACUAACCUUCCAGAAAUGACAAAAGGCGUGAGAAUGAUAGCGGCUCUUAUGGAAGACGAUACUUCGGGUGAUCGUUUACUUGAUGCUGCUCGUAAACUCUGUACUGCAUUUUCUGAUUUACUAAAAGCAACGGAACCGGAAACCAAGGAGCCUUUCUAUAUAACUUCAACUUUAUACGGACAAUACCCGAGACAGAAUCUCCUGAAUGCUGCCUCACGUGUUGGAGAAGCAUCUCAUCAAGUAUUGACGACAAUUGGCGAAGAAAACGAUUCGAACCGAGAGCUCCAGGAUACUCUAUUGGCUUUAGCGAAAGCCGUAGCAAACACUACAGCAGCUUUAGUCCUUAAAGCUCGCAAUAUCGCUGCUACGUGCGAAGAUUCGCAAACACAAAAUCGCGUAAUCUCAGCUGCAACUCAGUGUGCCUUAGCUACAUCUCAAUUGGUAGCUUGUGCCAAAGUUGUAGCACCAACUCUACAAUCACCUGCGUGCCAAACACAACUGAUGAAUGCUGUACGCGAGGUAACCAAAGCUGUAGAAAAUUUAGUCGGUGUGUGCAAUGAAACUUGUAAUGACGAAAAUCUCCUGAAAGAACUCAGUGCAGCUGCCACUGAGGUAAGUCGCACAUUAAAUGAUCUACUGAAUCACAUUCGCACGGCUACGAAAACUGGAGAACGUGCCAAAGAGACCAUCCAUGAAGGCGCUGUCGAGACGAUCAUCAUUGCAACGGAAAAAUUGUUCUCAUCAAGCGGCGAUGCCGGGGAAAUGGUAAGACAGGCGAGAAUUGUUGGUCAAGCCACUGCUCAGUUGAUACAGAGCAUCAAGGGUGAGGCAGAACGACAAACCGAUACCGAGCAGCAGCGACGUCUUCUGGCAGCUGCUAAAACGCUGGCUGAUGCUACUGCGAAAAUGGUCGAAGCCGCAAGACAGUGCGCGAGUAGUCCCCAUGAUUCGCGAAUUCAGGAUCAGCUGAAGAGCGCAGCAGAGGAAUUGAGAAUUGCCACUUCAGCUGCUACAACUCCGACAUUGAGACGUAAAGUUGUCAAAAUGGAGGAAGUUAUUGUCGACAAAAAUCUGUUUGUUCGCGCUGCCCAAGCUAUCCAUACUGGCUGUGAAAGUUUGGUCAGUCCAGCGAGUUCUAAACAACAGAUUCUAGAAGCCGCUACGAUGAUCGCUAAACACACUAGUGCUCUCUGCAAUGCUUGUAGACACGCAUCCAGUCGAACUAAUGACCCAGUUGCCAAAAGACACUACGUCAAGUCUGCUAAGGAUGUCGCCAAUUCCACGGCCAAUUUGGUAAAAGAAAUUAAAGCCCUUGAUCGCGAAUACUCCGAGACCAAUCGUGAGAAAUGUUCAGAAGCUACGAAACCUCUUCUGGAUGCCGUUGACAAUCUUUGUGCAUUCGCCGGCUGUACCGAGUACCUCAAGACAGUUACCCAUGUGCAAGAAACUAUCACUGGACCUGAAAAAGCGAUCAUAGACGGCGCAUGUGCGAUGGUCCAAGCAGCCAAAAGCCUGCAAGCGAGUCCUAAAGAUGAGCCUACUUGGCAGCUGCUGGCUCAUCACAGCAAAAAUGUCAGUGAGUCAAUAAAAUCACUCGUUGCUUCCAUACGAGACAAGAGUCCGGGUUAUGAAGACUGUGAUAUCGCAAUUGAGAAAUUAGUCGCGAGGAUCAAGGAACUGGACAACGCGACUCUCAGCGCGGUGUCUCAGAAUCUUGUUCCUCGUAAAGAAAAUUCCCAAGAAGGAUUCAUUGAGUUGAUGGAACAAUGCACUGAUGAGCUUAAAGAAAAACUAGAACCACUUCGUUUGGCUGCUAAAUAUGAAGCUGAAAAUAUUGGCUACGCUGCUCAACAGAUUGCUAGCUGCUGCGAACCCUUGGUCGCUGGAGCUAUUGGCGCUGCUUCAAAUAUGGUAAAUUCUAAGCAACAAACAGUCUUGCUGGAUCAAACUAAAACGGUCACCGAGACAGCUCUGCAGUUAGUCUGCGUAGCCAAAGAAACUGGUGGUAAUUCCGAGUCAGCAGCGCUGCAUGCUGAAGUUGAUGACAGCGUCGAGUCAACCAAAGACGCGAUAAGAGAACUACAGUGUACCUUGGAGACUAUUUCGACAUCUCAUGGAAUAGUUACUGGUUUGAUUGAGACAAUAUCACGUGCUAUGGUUCGUUUAGAUGAAACGAGAAUCUCAACAGACAGCGUCGAUUCUUACGUUGACUAUCAGACCCGCAUGGUCGAGGCUGCCAAAGAAAUAGCGCGAUUAGCACAAGAGAUGUCAACGAAAUCCAGCACUGACGCUGCACGUCUUGGCCCUCUGGCCGUAGACAUUUCUCACAAAUACACACAACUAGCACGCGACACUUCUGGAGCAUCAGCAGCAGCUGCCAAUGCUGAAGUGUCAGCUCGUUUGCGCAACGGUGUCCAAGAUCUAGGACGUGCCUGCGUAGACAUUGUUCGCGCAGCAGGAGUCUGUCAACUAUCACCAGGAGAUUCAUACGCCCAACUAGAAGUAUCAAGCUACGGUAAAAUCGUUACCGAACGUGUGUCCCAAGUGCUUGCAGCUCUACAAGCUGGCUCACGUGGCACUCAAGCUUGCAUCAACGCCGCCAGUACUGUCUCUGGUAUAAUCGGUGAUCUCGACACCACAAUAAUGUUUGCGACCGCUGGAACCCUUCAUGCUGAGAACGAGGGUGACACUUUUGCCGACCAUCGCGAGAAUAUCUUAAAAACUGCCAAAGCUCUGGUAGAAGACACCAAGACCCUAGUCGCCGGCGCGGCUUCUUCCCAAGAACAACUAGCAGUCGCUGCUCAGAAUGCCGUCUCGACAAUUGUCCAGCUUGCAGAAGUUGUUAAAUAUGGAGCUGCUAGUCUUGGCAGCCAGAAUGCCGAGGCACAGGUGAUGCUCAUCAACGCAGUACGCGAUGUUGCUUCGGCUUUGGGGGAUCUCAUUCACGCUACCAAGGCUGCUAGCGGUAAACCAAUCAAUGAUCCCAGUAUGGCGCAUCUUAAAGACUCUGCUAAGGUGAUGGUGACCAACGUAACGUCGCUGCUGAAAACCGUAAAAGCAGUUGAGGACGAACACACCCGAGGAACCCGAGCUCUCGAGUCGACAAUCGAAGCAAUCGGUCAAGAAAUCCGUGCCCUAAACACAACCGACUUUCAACGAGCAAACAUAACACCCGAAGAUCUAGUAAGAUGUACCAAGAGCAUCACAAUAUCAACAGCCAAAGCUGUGGCAGCUGGAAACAGCUGCAAACAAGAUGACAUAAUAGCUGCGGCAAACAUGGGACGCAAAUCAAUAAGCGAUAUGCUGGUGAUUUGUAAAUCGGCUGCCUAUCAGUGUGCCGAGACAGCAGAAUUACGCGAUCGUACCCUUCAAGCAGGUCAUGAUGUCGCAAUGAAUUACCGCGAACUACUGCAAGCUAUUUUGCAAAUCGCAUCGAGAACUGGUGACGCAAAACAUGCGCUGCCUUUGAUAUCACGUAAAAUAGCCCAAAGUGUUACUGAGUUAGUUGCCGUGGCUGAGUUACUCAAAGGAGCCGAUUGGGUUGAUCCUGAUGACCCGACAGUUAUCGCUGAGAACGAACUACUUGGCGCUGCGGCCAGCAUUGAUGCCGCUGCUAAAAAGUUGGCCAGUUUACGACCACGGCGAAGCAUCCAGGAAACCAGCGAGGACAUGAACUUUGACGAGAUGAUUCUCGAAGCCGCGAAAUCAAUAGCCGCAGCAACUUCGGCUCUGAUAAAAGCCGCGAGUGCAGCCCAGCGCGAGCUGAUAACGACCGGCAAAGUAUCCCGGACACCUCUGACAUCUUCGGACGACGGCCAGUGGUCCGAGGGAUUGAUAUCAGCAGCGAGACUAGUCGCCGCAGCAACUCACAGUCUUGUAGAAUCAGCGAAUGCUCUUGUACAGGGCGUAAGUAGUGAAGAAAAACUUAUUUCCAGCGCGAAACAAGUCGCCAGCAGUACUGCGCAGCUGCUGGUAGCUUGCAAAGUAAAAGCUGAUCCAGACAGCGAGAGUACUAAGCGUCUUCAGGCUGCUGGUAAUGCGGUAAAGCGAGCUACUGAUAAUUUAGUACGCGCUGCUCAACAAGCAAUCCAACAAGAAGAAGAACGAUCAUUGGUUUUGAACAAACGUAUGGUCGGUGGUAUUGCCCAGGAAAUAAAUGCACGGUCAGAAGUACUGAGAAUUGAAAAAGAACUAGAGGAAGCACGUGGUCGUCUUACUGCAAUACGUCAAGCUAAAUAUAAAAAUAAACCAGAUUAUUCAGACACUGAAAAUGAUGCUGAUCAAAGUGGAUACGAAAGUUAUUCAUCACGUUAUGAUUCAUCAUCACGUGUUGGUAAUCAUGAUCAUUCGGGACAUGUUACAAAUCAUACUAGCCCAGGACAUGGUCCAAGUCAUGGUAGUCCAGGACAUGGACCAGGUCAUGGUAGUCCAGGACAUGGUCCAGGUCAUGGUAGUCCAGGACAUGGUCCAGGUCAUGGUAGUCCAGGACAUGGUCCAGGUUACAGUAGUCCAGGUCAUGGUUUAAAUAACGCACCAGGUUAUAGUAGCCCAUACGGAUCAAAUCACUACAAUAAUCCAGGACAAAUAAGUCAAAUAAUAAAUGACAGACAAAAUCUCAUUAGUCCUGAGAAAGUUAGUUCAACUCAAUCAACUCUCGAGCGUAGAAUGAAAGAUUCCUACAAAUCAGGAGCAGAAAGUCACUACGGUUCACUGGAUUCUCGGGGUAAAUACAGCGACUACUCGACAAUAAAUUCAUCUGUUGAUUCACCAGCACAGUACAGCUCUAUAGAGCGUAAAAUAAAUCAAGAAUACUUAGAGGAUCGUAAACUGGGUUAUGAUUCAUCACCUCUCGAAGGCCCAUUUCCACCAGCAACCUCUCAGAUAGCAACAGCUAAAUCCCCGAUGUUAUCGCGUAAAUUUACUGACGCACCCUACAGUACCAAGUCUCCAGAUUAUUACGAUACCGCGAACUCGGAGCGAUACUCCGGACACAUGAGUACUUUCAAAUCAGAUAAAUCAUCCUCUCAUCUUGACAACAUGAGAUUCAAUUCGUUUCCCCAGCAGUCGAUCGCACAGAGCCAGAGCUUCAAAAACAUUGAGAGCAAAGUCUUACCAGGUGGCAAAGUCGAGACCAUCACCACUAAAGUCUACACUUCGAGUCCCACUGGUCUCCCUAAUAAUUCCAGCAGUCCAGGUCUAGGUCUAGGUCUAGGUCUAGGAAGUAAGACAACUUCUUCGUCAAACUAUGAAACGAUCGAACAAAAAGAGUUCAAUACUUCCGGCAAUGACAUGAUGUCAUUCAAGGGUAAUUAUGACAACGGUAGCAUCGAACACAAGAGUACCAAGCAAUCAAUGACGCAAAAAAUAAUUGAAAAGAAAACAGUUACUAUGAAAAUGUCAAAGCAUCAAGAAUCUUCCACCAAAUCCUUUAGGUUUGAUGAUAAAUAAUGAUAAUAAUUUAUGUUUAAAUAAUUAAAUUAACGCACAAUAUUUUAAAUUGUUGGAGUUUUUAAAUUUUAGACUUACCCAUUGAUGUUCUAGAUGUUGACCAGUUUGAUGGUUUUUUAAAAAUUAGACUAGAAGUGGCCUUAGAUUUUUAAACAAAUAACGAAUGUGCUUUCCGAAAUAGCCUUUAGCAACAAAUGCCUUUUAAUUGUAUAUUUUAAUAUAUAAAUUUAUAUAUAUAUAUUUAGAUAUUUAUGAUAUUUAAUGGAUGUCAAUUUUUAGAAAAAAUAAAUAAAUUUUAGACGUUAAAACAAGGCGUCAUUUUGAAUUUAAACAAAAAAUUUAAAUGAUACUGGAGUUAGCAGACGUCUGAUAAUUUUUGAAUUUUUUUUUAAAUGUUAAAUUAUAAAAAAAAAAAUAUUUGGAAAAUUGCACCUGUAGAUUUUUUCAUUUUCUACAUGCGCAUUUUUUUUUUUUUUUUUUUUUUGUAAUUAAUUUUUUGGAAAAAUUCAAAAAUUGUUGAGUGUAAGUGUAGCAGACAUCAAAAAAAUUUAAAAUUAUUAAUAAAUGGAGUAAAUAAUUAAUAAAAUUAAAUUUUAAAAAAAUGCGCAUUUAAAAAAUUUUGAAAUUAAUAAGUGCAUUUUUUAAAAAUAUUUUUUUUUAAAUUAUUUAGUCUGUUUAUUUGUAAUUUUAAAUUUAUCUGAUGUCUGCUACACUCACACUCGUGCUCGUGACUUCAAGAUCAUAAAUUUCAAAAUUAAUUAAAAAAUUUUAAACCGGUAGUGAAACGACGCCAAUAAUUAAUGAAGGUUAUUAAUUUAAACAAAGGGUCAAUAAAAAAGUCAAUUACAAAAAAAAAAAAAAA